AUGUUGCUCAAUCCGCUUCUCACAGCCACGCUCGUCCUGCCUCUCCUAUCUUUAGCGAAACAGCAUCCUCUCCCUUUAUCGACCGACUAUGCUUCCAGCUUUGAAGCUGCCCAGGAGAAUGCACCACACAUCUUCAACGCCUUGCAUUCUUCCAUGCGCCAAUGGGGAUCCUCGUUGAAACACAAUGGUCUUUCGUUCUUUCCUGCGAGUAUCCCUGCUGAUACUUAUCUGUAUCACGGUACUCAUGACAAUAAACCGGAAACUGGAAUGGAGUGGUUGGCAUUCGAGAUAGAACAUGCAGAAGCUUUCGCCAGAGCAUGGGGGCCGCCACCGAAACGUCCUGGCAAACCACCACCAGGUGAUGGGCCCCGUCGAAAUGAACUACGGGAUGAGGAGAGAAUAGCGAAUCACUUCGGGCCCCCAGAAAAUUCAGGUAAACCCGGAUAUUUACAUAUUUAUCAAACUACUAGAAAACUCUCAAAGAUACUCUACAUUGAUGGAAUGUCAGCUGGAAAAACAAAACUUGGAACGCUCGAUUCAACAGACAUGGUACUCCGCAACAAAACGGGCAACGAUCCUCCUUGGGGAGAAUAUGAAAGAGCUGAAGAGCUCUGCGAGCUAGGAACUAAAUGGGAUAUCGAAGGUUUCAUCAGACUCGAGGCCGGAUUCGAACUUAUCCUUUGCAACUUCACAAAUGGCCUGGAGUUUAAAUCGGCAAGGCGGCGACCGAAGCAAGAUCCUAAUCAGUUCGAGUAUAUGCGAGCUGUUGCUGCUAGAUACCAGGGAAUCACUGCUGGGAGAGUCGAAGUUGAUUAUUCUUCGAUGGUCUCAGCCUUUUUCUAUCCUAUUAACCUAACUAACCCAAACCCGAAGCGCGCUGAACUGCCGAGACUGGUGUCAUCGGAAGUUGGUGGCGUUCGUCACAUUCAAGAGGACCUGGAAAUCGUUCUCGAAAGCUCUCAGAGAUUUUCAAAUGAGAGGAUUGAUUGGCAAGGUGUAGUCGAUAUGAUCGUUACGCGAUAUUCAGAUCGUCUCCAAUACAUGGUCUUGGAAACUACGACGCAAGAGGAGAUACAAGCCACUGUUUCCACCCUUUUAAGUCUGUAUGUCGACUUUGACGACCCCAAAAUCCCACUUGCAAAUACCAUUUGCACAUAUCACUAUCUCAACUCCACUCAACCAACCACAUCAGCCGAUCACCUCAUCCACUCAGCCAUCGCUACCGUGUCUGAAAAGAUCUGUAGCACACUAUUUGAAGUCCGCAGACUUAUCGAGGAAGAAAGCCCCGCGGUUGAGACCGCGAAGCUUGAAAUGAAAGAUCUGAUCGCUUAUCUUGACUGGUCGACCUGGCUUGAAUGCGGAAAGUGCGCAUAUGAUGAAGUUUGCUAUGUAGCCGUCUGGCCGUGGGGUACGAUCGAAGACCAUUUUCAUCCUAGUUGCAAGAACAGUAGUUUGGAUUUUGGGAGAGAUCGGCAGUCUUAUUGGGGUUCUUAUUAG